AUGCAGAAUAAGGAAAUUGUCUUGGAAGCAAGUAUGCAAGAUGCCUCUGAUGUCCAGUAUAUUCCAGAAGAGCUGAUUAACGACAAGGAGUUUAUGAUGCAACUGGUUUCACGAAAUGGCCAUGUGUUGAAACAUUUACCGUCGCAACUGCAAGCUGAUACAGAUUUGAUUGUACGCGCUAAAAGUGUGUUUUCAUGUGACCAUGUGACUAAGAACAUGACCACUACUUUCCAUGCUUGUACCUCUUCAGUAUCGUCCAAGCUUCCAAUAAGCGUGUUCGCCCUUGAAAAGAGCAAUGGAAAGCAUGUUACAGAGUGUUUUGGAUCGAAGUUGGAAAGGGCUAACAAAAAAAAUAACCAACACAAUAACCCGAGUUUAACCACACUUACGGAAUUUUAUCAGAUCAUCAUUCCGAUCGUUACAUCAUCUUUUGAACGCUUUCAUAGUAGUAUUAUUAUUAUCAUCAUAGUUCCAAGUGGAUUGUUGAAUAUGAGUUCAUCUGAUUCGUUUAUUGAAUUUUAUGAAUGUUUGAUUUGUUCCGAAAUUGUACAAAAUAAUCGAGAAUGUAAAAAUUGUCAUAAAUUAUUUUGUUUGGAUUGCAUUAUGAAGUGGUUAAAAGUUCAUGAGAAUUGUCCUCAUUGCAAUCAUUCUCCAGUUGCUUGCAAGAGCGCAGAGGACAACAGUGCCUUCAUUCACAACCAUCAUUCCGAAAUGAUUGCAAACUCCAUUACUGUACCCUGUCCCAAUGCAGAUUGUGGGUGCGACAUUAAAAAGAUUGCUCGAGGAGAUUUGGCAUUACAUUUGGAAAAGUUCUGUACGGGUCGAACAGUGCCAUGUAAGCAUGCCAAAUAUGGAUGUGAAUGGAGUGGUCAAUAUUUGAAAUUGGAAGAGCAUUUGAGAGAAGAGUGUCCAUUUUCAAAAGAAAUUAUUUUAAAAGCGUUGGAAAAAUUGGAAACAAACAUUUCUGAAUUGACUCGUGAGAAUGAACAAUUACGUUCUGAAAAAGCAAGUAGUGAAGAAAAGAUUAAGGCGCUGGAAGAGAAAGGACUUUUGAAUAACAGUGGUAUACCAAUGAAUCAAUCCACCACAGUCAUGGUCAAUGGUGUCACAACUUUGGGAAAUGACAUUACACGAACUGCAACGGCUCCCAUGCAGAUUCCAGAUUCUUCUCUUCCACCAUGGGCUCAACCCAAUUUUUACUCUUCCUUUAAUCCUUCCUAUAGUGGAACGACCUCGUUUUAUAAUAGUGCUGGAGUGUCGUCCUCUGUUUAUCCUCCUCCACCUUCAGGUGUUCCAAUGACGAGUAGUAGUAGCAUGUAUUCCUCCAUGAUGUCUUCAUCCAUGAGUUAUAACCCACCACUCAUGACUUCUUCGUCAUUUAUGAAUGGUAGUACCAUGUCCACCAUGCCCAUUCACACGGUAGAGUGUGGUAUUUGUAAAAAGACCAACUUUUCUGGAGUCUUGUAUCAGUGCACUUCAUGUAUUAAUUUUUCCAUUUGUUCGGCUUGUUACAGUACCUUACAAAUAACUCAAACUCAUGAUAGAAUGCAUACUUUUUUACCCCUUAGAAAAGUUCGAGGUAAGAUAAGUGGAGUGACAUGGCUUCGACUUGCCACCUGUGGAAGUUCUGUUUCAUUACCUCUAGCUGAUAAUGAUAAUCAAGAUUUGGAGUUUUAUGUGAAUGAGCGGACAGGAGCAAUCACACCAUUCAUGCCAAUUGGAGUACCCAAUGCGAAAAGCAUUUCUGGAUCAUGGACCUCUGUAUCACUUCAUUUAGCCAUCUAUUGGCCCAACACAACAAGAGCCAUCGUGAUGGAAGGAAAUGUUGGAACCUUGCCAACAAUGAGUUGCACUUUACAAGGCUCAACGCUCAAAUUUACUGUAAAAGCUUCAGGAAUGGGUGGCAGAGGAGUUGCCGGUGAUGGAGGAUACUUGACAUUGACAUUGUCAGUGAGCUAG